AUGGGCGAAUCGCGGACAGAACUGCUCGCAUGGCUCAACGACUUGUUGCAGAUCAACUACACCAAGAUCGAGCAGUGUGGGACGGGCGGCGCAUACUGCCAGAUCAUGGACUCCGUAUUCGGCGACGUGCCGAUGGCGCGAGUCAAAAUGAACGCGAAGCACGAGUACGAGUUCAUCGCGAACUUCAAGAUCCUGCAAAACAUCUUCCGCGCGCACAAGGUCGAGAAGCCAAUUCCUGUCGAAAAGCUCGUGAAAUGCAAAAUGCAAGACAAUCUCGAGUUCCUCCAGUGGGCCAAGCGCUUCUGGGACACUAACUACGGCGGCCAUGAGUAUGACCCCGUCGCACGCCGACGCGGUGCCCCGACGGACCCGCCUGCCACCAUCGCGCCACUUGCACCAUCAUCGCGCGGCAGCUCUGGCACUCUAAGUGCGGCUGGGUCUCGUGCUGGCGGCCGAACACCAAUCACAGGCCGUCGCCCGGGAUCUGCACAACCGAACGAAGCCGUCCAGAAUCUGCAGGCGCAGUUGCGAGAGAUGUCGACGCAUCUUGAGGGUCUGGAGAAGGAGCGAGAUUUCUACUUCUCUAAGGCAUGUACAAUCAGUCCUUUGCGUGACAUUGAGAUUCUGGUGCAGCAGCAAAUGGAAGUACUAGAAAGCGAAGGCAAGGACGACCCGCUGUUGCGUGACAUCCAGAAAAUCCUCUACUCUACAGAGGGCCAGGAUGGCUUUGAGGUGCCGGACCAGGUUGCUGAGACUCUCGACGAAGAGGAGACGUUUUAA